AUGGCGCGUCCCGUCAAGCAGCAAAUCGCGGCUCCGUUCGUCCCUCCCCAUCGCUCGCCCAUAGCAAAAUCCGUCACGGCAGUCGUGACAGACGCAACGGUCGCGGCGGGAAUGACGGCGCUCGUCGACCCGCUGUUUCGCGCCGUCGCUCUCGCCCUCGUCGACCCCGUGCACUACCCGCUACUGCAGUCCGCCACCCGCGCGAUAUCCGCUGCUGCAGCCCGUCGCCCCACCGGCUCGAGGUCCCGCUGCUGCUGCGCUAGCGACGACGAGCUGCGCGAGGGCGCUCGUCGCGCCCCACCGUUACGCCCCCCCCAGUUCACCUGCGGACCCGCGAGCAAGAGAGAUAGCAGAUCCGCGGACCCGCCUUCAGCGAGCGAGCCAGCGGACCCGCGAACCCGCCUUCAGCAAGCCCGUCGACGGACCCGCCGACGGGCUCGUCACAGGGCCCGCCGACGGACAUGCCGUCGGACCCGCCAACGAGAGCGCCAGCAAGCCCGCCUGCGACUCGCCACCCGCACCCGCGCGACCCAUUCCUGCCCCGCUUGCAUCUGCUACGCCAGUUACUGCCGUUUCGUCCCGUUCCCGCCGCCCCACCCGGAACCCGAUGCCCCACCUGUACCCGGCCGCCUGCCCGUCUCCCCCCCCCGUCGCAACUAUUCGCGUGUGCAGCGGCGGUCGCUGUGGGUGGGAGAGGGAGGACAGGAAGGGAUUGGCGGCCCAACCGACGCGCCAGCCAGCUCGCACCCCACCCAUCUCCCGUACGCCAUCCGCAUCUGCACGACCGGUCCCUGCCCCACCUGCAUCUACCGCGACUGCAGCUUCGUGCCCCACCCGUUCCACCCGUUCUGCCCGUGUCCUGCCCGUGUUCUGCCCGUGAUCCUGCCCGUGAUUCUGCCCGUGAUUCUGCCCGUACUGCUGCCCGUGAUUGUGCCCGUGAUUAUACCCGUGUAUUGCCCGUACUUCCCCGUGCUUGCCCCGUGCCCGUGCCCGUGCUGUCUGCCCGUGUUCCCUGUGCUUCUGCUCGUGCUCUACCCGUGCUGUUUGUUCCCGUGCGUGCCCCACCUGUACCACCCGUGCUACCUUGUGCUCCUGUGCUGCCCCCGUGUUCCCCCCGUGUCCUGCCCCGUUCUGCCCGUGUUGGCCUGUUCUGCCCGUGCUGCCCCGUUCUGCCCGUUUGUGUCCUACCCGUGCUGUCCGUACCCGUUGAUGCCCCACCCGUGCUGUCAGUUCUCGCUCGUGCCCCACCCGGUCUGUGCUGCCCGGUCUCGUGUUGCCCGUUACCCCCGUGCGGCCCGUCCCGUACAGCACCUAGUUGCUACCCGAACCCGCUACCCGUACCCGUGCUCCUCGCACACCGUGCACCAGCUGCGGGGCGUUCAACCGCAGCCGGGCACCUGUUCCACCGCGGUGGUUUAG